AUGGCUGGGAAGAAUUCAUUUUCAUCGGGUAAAAUGGGCACAAACCAUUCGGGUAGUGGCGUUCACUCGAGACUCUCAGACGGCUACGUUGGAGGUAAAAACUCUCGCCAUGUGCCUUACCCGCCCUCUAACCGGAGUCCUCAUCGCCUGAACCACAACGCACCAUCCACUUCUUCAGGUUUUGUGAACAAUCCUGUAGCGCUGAUCAGUGUCAAUGCCACUGACUUACGUCACAAUCUGCAGUCUACAAAGACGAACAUUUCUGCUGCACCAGCCUCGCGGGAGCAUGACAGCAAUAAGAGUAGUGUCACUAACAUGGAGAGUCAAGACACAAUCGCACCUAGCACUUCAGCUACAGGCGGUCCCGGUACAGAUACGAGUGAUAUUCAUGGUUCAAACAAUACUUCAGAGUCCGAUGAGACCCGUCACUGUCUGUUGUGCAAGACCAAACAGCCGCUCGACUCGCAGUCGUACAUCAAUCACUUGGUUGGCAGGAAACAUCGAGUCAUGGAGUUUGGGGUGAAACGCAGCAAACAACAAAAAGAAGAGAGGGACAGACGAACCGUGCACGUAUCAGGAUUUCCUUCAACAACGCCACCAAGAGAAAUCUGUAAACUUUUCUUUGACUUGGGCAUGAUAGACUUUCAUUGGGGAACUUAUCAUGCCUUUGUUGAAUUUGGAAGCAGAGCUGAAGCGAUCGCUGCCAUCCGUUCGCGUAUAAUGUUCCAUGGCAAGCAGCUUACGGUCGCCGCUAGGACCGAGCGCACCCACACCGACGACGUAGCGCGCGAGAACGUGGCAGAGUUGAUGUUAACGCCUGACAUGAAGCAGCGGCUGUCGACGCCCUGCUCGUCAGAGGCUGAGCUGCUAGAGGUGCUGCGACUGCUGCUGCAGAGCAUUCAGCUCCAGCCUUACGAAUUUCAGAACAGACAGCGCGUCAGGGACCGCGUGACGGCGUCACUGCGGCCAAUUUUCCCCGCUGUGAGCUGCCACAUUUUCGGCUCCUCGGCCAACAACCUCGGCUUCACCGGCGCCGACGUCGACCUUUACGCUGAUCUCGGCUACGAUCCUUACGACACUCCAAGAACUGCCGAUGGAGGAGAAGCUGCAGCAAAGCUCGUCGGUCACUUGGCUAGACAUUUUCGCCAACAACCUGGCGUUAGAAAUGUGCAGGCGAUACCGCGAGCCCGUGUGCCCAUCGUCAAGUUCUGCAUCUUCGAUAUCGCUGUUGAUCUGUCGUUCCGACACGCCAUGCCGAUCUGCAACACAAACCUGAUCAGGUUCUACACCUCGGCGCACCCCGUGGUGCGGCCGUACAUGAUGCUGGUGCGCUUCUGGGCGAAGGUGCAUGAUGUGGCGGGCGGCGGUAAACCCGCAUCGUUGCUUACUAACUACGCCCUCACCAUGAUGAUGGCCUUCGUCAUCAUGAAUAGGAUAGAGAUCCUUCCUCCCCUCGCCCAGCUCCGCAGGAUGCCGUACCAGAUGACCGUGAUCAACGGCUGGAAUUGUGGCUUCAGAGAACAACUGCCCCCCAAGUAUUGUCAGCAGAAAAAUUAUUCAGUGUUGGAGCUUGCGAUGACAUUCUUCGAUUACUAUGCAAAUCUGCCGGCCUCUGAGUGGGUCAUUUGUCCGUUGUUGGGUCACUUGGUCUCUAAAAAAGACAUGGAGUCUAAAAAUCGUAAUCGGUUGCCCGGACUCGAAGAUUACUGUCAAGCCAACGGGUCCCUUCAAAUGGACACUCCACUGUGCGUGCAAGAUCCUUUCGACUUGAACCACAACGUCACUCGUGGCCUUACGAAAAUACAUCUUGAACGAUUCCAAACGCUAUGCCAGAAAAGCAGUGAGAUUUUCCGCAAGAUAAUUAGCUUGAAUCUGCCUCCUAAAGCCCUCUUUGAUCCCAUUGAGAUAUCAGAAGAUUUUGAUCGUGAUGAGGUUGAUGCCACAGCUGGUGUCAACUUGCCUCGUGCGCAAGAAAACAACAGAAGCGGCUCGCCAGAACCUGAAGUUAUUAACUUGGGAAGCCAGGAGGGUAAAAAUACCCAAGAUGUUGAAGUGUUGGAAAUCUCGCACUUGUUUUCUGACUCCAAAGAAAUAAAUCCUAAGCCUGAAGUAAUAACCCUUGACCCUGAAGAGAUAACGCUUGAUGCGGAUGAGAUAACACAUGUCCCUGAAGAAACAACGCCUCGUUCUGAAGAAAUAACGUCCAGUUCUGAAAAAAUAACGCUUGCUGCUGAAGUAGAUAUUAUAGCUUCUAAUGAAGUACAGCUUGAUCCUGAAGAAAUCUCGCGCGACCAUGCAGGAGCAACACAAGACACACUACUGAGUCUCAAACGCAAACGAACUCACUCUAUUGUCUCUGAAAGAAAUGCAAAAUAUUCCUGCUCUGAGGUCAGCCUCAGUGACGACGAUUCGGCUAUCUUAACCCAGAUCGAUCUCUCGGGGCCCUACGCAUGCAAAUUUUCCUUGCCUUCAGAUAAAGCUAUUGUAGUUGACUUAGAGACUGGCUCCCUUCGAUACGAUCCGAGCAUAGCCAGCUUGGAUGAUGUUAGAUGGUACAAUGUUCAAAUUAUAGUGUUUAUUUUGCGCCACGUUUACGCUGCUGAUGUAACAAGUCAUUUUGUAGUGGAUGAAAGUCCUAACAAGAAGGUGAAAAGUUGUAGCACGGACUCCAUUAAAUGUAUCGCUAAGCUCACCGUAACGUUCAAGUACAAACUACUAGAAAGUCGGUCCUCGCUUGGGAUGACCGCUCCUCCAGAUAUUUUGUCAACUAAGAAUCCCUUGAUCAUCGAGAAGACGAUCACUGAUGGUAUUAUUGGUGCCGCGUCGGGAACAUCGACUGAAAUAACUCCAUUUACAGUGCAAUUCUUUGCAUGUCAUCGCCCUCAAGGGUCUCCUGAGCUCCUGUUUGUGGCAAACACCGCCGGCUUGUCUGAAAAUAUUCUCGCGCGGUUGCGUGCCUUUUUGUGUGAAUUUCAAGGUACAACACAGAGAUGCUUGCGAGAAAUCUUUAAUUUCGUGGACGGUGAAAGUUUGUUGAUUGAUUUAUUAUGAAAAUCAAAGUGUCGUGUAAGUUUUCAUUUUCUGAUUUGAAGUUUUUUUCGGCUGAGUUAUCAAUCCAAAUGGCCGACUCUUGUUAUUUUACUUAUUUGAUUAGUUUUAAAACUAAUUUUUCAUGCUAGAGGAAUGAUACAACACGUUUCCAUUUUUUUCACUGCCCUGCUUUGUGACCUUAUUGCGUAAUGCUUAGGAUAUUCAAUUAUGCAACAAGUUCCUUUGUAGACUUGCUAUUUGUUGAUAAUUUUCUAAAAAUAUGGUUUAAACUAACCAUUACGGAUCUUCACACAGAAAUGCCUUCUCGUAACCUGAUGAAAGAUGCCUUCAGAUGAAACGUGGGUUCUAAGAAAUUUUACUUGUUGAAAAGGAAGCAUUUUUCAGAGAUGAUACAUUAUUGAAAAUGUCUAUCUUUGCAACUUCUUUCAUAAUGUUUUUUUUUUUGCGGGUAAAAUAUGCCCAUAAAAAUUGUAUUCCCAUUCUGGAAUAUGUGUCGCUCACCCUCUAGACGUGUUUAUUUUUGAUGUAAAUGAUUGACUGAUCGUAAGAAGCCAACUCAAGCUACGAAAUAAAUUGUAGUCAUUAA